ACUAGGCAUGAAACUUUUAAGAUACUUUUAAAUUUUAUGAUCCUAAAUUAAAAAAAUGUAGUCCCUCGGUCCCAGUUUGUUGACACACUUUUUUUUAGUUUGUCCCGAAAAAGAAUGUGUCAUUUUUAUAAUUAGAAAUAAUUUAACUUUAAAAUUUUCCUUUUACCUUUUAAAAAAAUGAUUUAUAACCAUAUAAAUAUCCAAUAUUUAUUUUAGAUCCACAAAUAUCAAAAGUCUUCCUGGUGCCACAUAAAUUGGGACUGAGGGAGUAUGCUGUGUUAAUAAACUUGUCACGUAGGAUGUUUGAAUUAUAACUUAUUAAGAGCCCGUUUGGAUUGGCUUAUAAGUGGCUUAUAAGCUGUUUUCAGUUUUUUUGAGUGUUUGACUGGCCAGCUUAAAGUCAUUUUGUGCUUAAAAUAAGCUCAAAAAAAUAAUUGGGCCCAUUUGACUUAGCUUAUCUAAAGCAGCUUAUAAGCUGAAAACAGUUUAUAAGCCAAAAAAAAUAAGUUAGACGACCCCAACUUAUUUUUUUUAGCUUAUAAGCUGUUUGCAGCUUAUAGCCAUAAGCCCAUCCAAACAGGCUCUAAAUGUAUAAAGAGACGCUCUUUUUGGAUAGACCAAAAAGGAACACUUAAAUUGAGACGGAGGGAGUAUGAAUUUUUGAUUCAGUAUUUUUGUUUUUUUGUUUACUUUCCAGCAUAAUGAAACUAUUAAAUCAAAAGUUUAUGAUUAAUUUAUGAUUUUAACAAGUUAACAUGCAUCAUUAUUGGCUUACAUGUUACUCAUAGACAAAUAAGACCAUAAAAUCCCAACUAUGAGGUCUUAGGUUCAAAUCCCAACUUUUUAACCUAAAAUCUGGCUUAAAGAUUAACAAUUAAAUUUUUAGUGUUAGACCACAUUCAAGCGAAUUAACUUAGUCCUGUUAAGCCUUUCGUUAAUACAAACAAUAUUAGAAUAAUGCAAGAUAAACAGUAAAUUGUGUUAAAGCAGUAGGAUAACAGUAAACAAAGUAAGAGAUGGAAUUCUUAUUGAAUAAUCCUCAAUGGAGCCGAUGAAUAGCGUUGCUAACUGAAGGAAAGUAGAUGUGGCAAUUUCAGUAUAAGAGUAGUUUUAGGAUAAACACUAGGGGAGGCAAAAACACUAGAUGAUUGACUUGAAUCUGUCAGAGCCUUGGUGGACAAAGUCAUCCGAUAUGUCAGAGGAUCAGAGAGAUGCGCAGAACCUUGUAAUAUCUGAAGUGGUUAAUUAUCUGAUGCUUUCGGCAUCAAGCACUUACAAUUGUGUAGUAAGUUUUCUGAAAAUGGCAUCUGACUAUAAAGGAAAAGCUAUUGUAAUUAUGGGUGUUAGCGGAGCUGGAAAAUCAACAAUUGGUCAGAUGCUUGGAAGAGCUGUUCAUGGCCGCUUUCUUGAUGCUGAUGAUUAUCACUCAGAGUCUAAUAAAGAGAAGAUGAAGAAUGGGAUCCCUCUUUCUGACGAAGAUCGUGUUCCAUGGCUUGAAACACUACGAAAUGUGCUGAGAAGAGGUUUAGUUGACAAUGAAACACUGAUUCUUGCUUGCUCAGCUCUGCAAAAGCGGUACAGGGAAAUCCUUAGAUCUGCAGACCCGAAUUAUGAACUAGGUUCUUAUGCAAGUGUUGUUAAGUUCGUGUUGCUGGAUGUUGGGGCUGAAGUACUUGCUACUCGGCUAGUCAAGAGAGCAGCUGAGGGAAAGCAUUUCAUGCCUGCAAAGCUCUUGCAGACCCAACUGGAUUUGCUUCAGAUUGAUGAAGCAGAAGGGAUAUUUAAGGUUGAUGCUACAAUGGAUCCUGACAACAUAGUGAAAACCAUACAAACUUUUGUCAUCUGAUAGACCAUUAAAGAUGCAUUAUAUAAAGAAAAUUUGUGAUAAAACAGAAUUCUUAUAGUUGUAAUGUGUAUUUUUUAUAUGCAUUUGGAUAGCAACCAACUAAUACUCCCUCCGUCCCCAUUUAUAUGACACUCUUUCCUUUUUAGUCAGUUCAAAAAAGAAUGACACAUUUAUAUAUUUAGCAACACUUUAAUUCUAAGCUUCCCAUUUUAUUA